AUGGCUCCCAAACGCAAGCGGGCUGGUACCGUAGGCUCCAAUGCCACCGCCGAGUCAAACACCAAUCUUCCCGACCAAAUAGCUACAGACGCGUCGGCAGAGGACACCACCCAACAGACUCCCCAGACCCUCAAGAAGUCCAGAUCACACAACGACGAUCAAGACCAGCCUAACAAGCGCUCUCGCUCGGAAAACAACACCCACGACGAUGAGGACGAAGACCAAGAUCUUGGUGUCAACGGUGAAGCUGGCACCAUGAAGAUGGAAGCUCCUCCCAAGGCUGGCUUGAUUGAUCCCGUCGGCUACAAGACCAAUCCUCCUCCUGAGGGUCGCCCUGUGCGUAUUUACGCCGACGGUGUCUUCGAUCUGUUCCACAUGGGACACAUGCGCCAACUCCAACAAGCCAAGUCCGCCUUUCCCAACGUCCAUCUUCUCGUCGGUGUCACUGGUGACAAGGAAACUCACCGCCGCAAGGGUCUGACUGUGCUGAGCGGAAAGGAACGCGCCGAGACGGUGAGACACUGCAAAUGGGUCGACGAAGUCAUAGAAGACUGCCCCUGGAUUGUCGACGUUGAGUUCCUCGAGAAGCAUGAGAUCGACUAUGUCGCUCACGACGACAUCCCCUACGGCGCUGACGAGGGCGACGACAUCUACAAACCUGUCAAGGAAAAGGGCAUGUUCCUGGUCACCCAGCGUACCGAGGGUGUCAGCACCACUGGAAUCAUCACAAAGAUUGUUAGAGACUACGAACAAUACAUUGCGCGUCAGCUCAAGCGCGGCACUACUCGCCAGGAGCUCAACGUUUCAUGGCUCAAGAAGAACGAGCUCGACAUCAAGCGCCACGUCGCCGAACUGCGCGACUCGAUCCGCACGAACUGGACCGCAACUGGCCAGGAGCUCGGCAAAGACCUCAGACAAUUCUGGCAGCCCAGUCGGCCCAACAGUCCCGCCCGUGGUCUCUCGACCCCCGAUCGCCUUGGCUAUAAUUUACGCCAGGGCGCAUCGAGAGGCAGCAACAGCGACUUUGCUGCCGGCUACACCAUGGGUCUUCUCGGCAGCGUUCGCAGCUGGAUGCAACGCAACCGCAGAACCCUCAGCGACAGCAGACCCGAUAGCCCUGACAGUGGCGAGGACAGCUCAGAUCUGCUGAGGAGUCCCGCCGACCAGGGUAGAGGCCGCCCCGGCAAGCAAGUUCAAGACGAAGUGGAUGCUCAGGUCACCCACGAGAUGAACUAG